AAUAUUUUGUUUAUCGGAAGUUUUAACCUUCAAAACAACUUGUGUUUCAACUGUGUUUGAUAUUGGAAGGUUUGGUGCUACUUGUUUAGGACUGCGGAUCGUGGUAAGAUGAGCUUGAUUUGUUCAGCUAUUAAAAUUAGCCGAUAGUACUUGUAAACUCUUUCAGUAAAAUGGCAACCUUUUCACAAUCCACCAUUGACAAGGGCUCUGACAUUUUCCACGACUUCUUUUGCUCCACCUGCGCAGACGAGAAACUAGAUAAUACAGCUAAUUUCUACUGUGAAUCUUGUGUUAAGUUUUACUGUGGAAAAUGUAUCCGCCCGCACAGCCAGUUCUUUACAAAACAUGACCCCUUUGGAAGGGAAGAUAUGAAGAAAUGGCCAGUGACCAAAAAGGUGGAAGAUUUUCUACUGAAAUGUGAUGUCCAUAAAGAUAAAAACCUUGAAAUGUUUUGUUCUGAACACAGUGAGCUGUGCUGCACAAAUUGUGCAUUCCUAAAUCACAGACACUGCAAAAAGGUAACUCUUAUAUCCGACAUCGUAAAAAGUCAGUCUACAGACCUUCAGCAACUGUCAAUUUCUAUCCAAACUAUUCUGAAAGAAAUGAAGGAACUUCAAGACAAUCAGGAGGCUAGCAUUCAUUAUGUACAAAGUUCAUAUGAUAAGCAGUUAAGCAGGAUACGAAAAGCUCGCAGAGAAAUAAAUGCAACCUUAGACACGAUUGAACAGAAAACACUGAAGGAAAUGAAAGAUACUCUAACCAAACUGCAGGCCUCUAUCAAAAGUGAAGCUGACAAAUGCAUCAGGCUUAGGGAUGAAUUAAGACAACUUCGAGACGCCAUACAGAACAUUAGUGAUAAAAGCAAGCUGGAACUAUCCUUUAUAGCCACCAGGAAAUGCGAGGACAAAAUAGAACAGUAUACAACUUUUCUGAACACGAACUCUCUUCAGGAUAAAUUCUAUAUAACAUUCAAGCCUAACAGUGAAAUUGUACAGUACUUGUCCAAGCUGUCAGGUCUUGGGAGGAUAGAACACGGUACCAAGACAUUGAUGGUACAAGAGAAUCCAAACAAGGUAAUCACUGUGCUGAGGAAGUCUGAAAACAAUGUGAAAAUAUCAAGUGAUUCAAACAACUGCAUUAUCUCAGCCAUCCUUGUCCUCCCAGACAGACAGGUAUUGGUUGUAGACAACAAAAAUAAUAAUGUCAAGCUUCUUGACCAGCAGUACCAGGUGGUAAGUCACUGUAGUGUGACUAAAUGGCCCUAUUUUAUAUGUCAGAUCACAUCGAGUGAGGUGGCUGUGACUGUGGAUGAUCGAAAUAACAAACAUGAGGUCCAGUUUAUCACAGUCAACAACAGGCAGCUGGUGCAAGGAAGAAAGCUUCAGUUACUACGUAGUUGUAACGGUAUUGCCUUCAACCAGGGAGACCUGUAUAUUACUUCUUUGACUGCACUGUACAAGUAUAAACUGAAUGGGAAACUUGUCAGCAAGAUGUAUGAGGAUACAUCAGAUGAUUAUACAGGUUAGAAUAAUAGUUAAUUUAUAUUGAUAUCAUUAUGGUUUAAUAGAAUUAGAAUGAACCAUCAGAUUAUAUUUCAGUAGCAGGAUAUAAUACAAUUUCAUGUUAAGUUCAUUAAGACAUUCCAUGUCUAUGCCAUGUCUAAAAUAUUGAGAACCCAUUUAAUUUCACUUACAUACAAUUUCAUGAGCUGGUAAAAUGGGGCAUAUUUAUUGAUUCUAAUUUAUUUGUUUAAUGUCCAAUAUAAGAGUUUGCUCUAAAAUAUGUUGAACAUUUGAUUUUAAGGUUGAAUGGACACCACAAAAUCCAGGAAAAUUAUUGUUUGUUGAAUUAUAUUGAUUUCAUAGUAGACACAGAGU